ACUCGACCAACCAUUGGUCUUUGUCAAGUUACCGGCAGCGAGGGUUUCUCGGACCCCUCAUGCUGAUGGUUAACCUCAAAAAGCCCAGGUCUAGCAAAGGUGACUUGAGCCCAAGGGGAUUGGGCUACAUGUCAUAUUGCAUCUCUUUGAGCCAUUGUUUUGGUGAUCAAGUUAUCAAAGGCACGAUCGUCACUGGGAACUAGGGACAUCGUCGGUUUUCCUCGAUAUUGCAUUUACGAUGAGGAGGUCGGCGACAGGAACCUGGCUUCCUGCCUGGGUACCAGAAUCCACUGGGGCAUUAUCAGGGCUGCUGAUGGUGUGCUCCAUUGUCAACUCUUGUACCAAUGGCUAUGACGGGUCAAUGCUGAAUGGAUUGAACAUCCUACCAUCCUACACCGACUUCUUCAAUCUUAAUGAUGUCACGAAGGGGCUUAACACAGCAUCAGUGUUCAUCGGCGGCUGUCUUGGACCACUCGUCUCCGGCAUCAUCACCGAUCGCUUGGGGCGUCGACCUGCCAUCUUCUGGGGCGCUGUCAUCACCCUCAUUGGCGUCAUUCUCCAAACUGCUGCAAAUGGGAUAGCGAUGUUCGUCGUGGCUCGCAUUCUCCUAGGCUUCGGUGUGGCCCUUUCUGGCAUUGCUGGUGGUGUCUACCUUUCCGAAACAUUUCCAAGUAGGUGGCGCGCAUGGGGUGUUGGAAUCUUAAACGACUUUUAUUAUAUCGGUGCCCUGAUCGCCGCUGGGGUUACCUUAGGAACUGGUCAAUGGGAGUCUACUUGGGCUUGGAGAGCGCCUUCCCUGAUACAGGGCAUAUUCUCUUUACUGUGUAUCAUCAUUCUGCCCUUCAUCCCGGAAUCGCCGCGUUGGCUCGUACACGAGCGUCAUUACGAAGAAGCUCGCAUCGUCGUCGCUCUGACAAAUGCAAGCGGGAAUUUAUCCGACCCUGUUGCAGUUGCUGUGUACAAGGAGAUUAUCGACACGAUCGAGUGGGAGAAGAAGGACGGAAAGACUAUGAGUCCCUUGGAGAUUAUAAGAACGCCGGUCGCCAGAAAACGCCUAUUGAUCGGCAUGUCCGCAGGUCCAUUCUCUUGUGUGGUCGGCAAUAUAAUCGCUUCAUAUUAUCUUGGCGCCGAGCUGACUACAGCUGGCAUCGUCGACACCAAUGACCAGCUCAAAGCUAAUGUCGUCUUGAACGUAUGGUGCCUUGCUUGCUGUCUCCUAGGAACUCAUCUCGUAUCUCGGUUGGGGAGGAAGCCGACAGCGCUCAUCAGCCAGACACUCCUGGUGAUCUGUCUCUUCAUCAUUGGUGGGCUGUCCAAGCUGUACGCCGAUAAUCCGGACGGGGCCUCCUCGAGCCUGAUCUACGGUGAUGUCGCCAUGAUGUUCCUGUUCCAAGGCUUCUACUCAAUCGCAUGGACGCCGCUGCUGUUCAUCUAUCCGCCCGAGGUCAUGAACUACUCGAUCCGGGCAAAUGGUCUUGCCCUAUCUCAGUUCUUACUCAAUGCAUUCGCACUGCUUCUGGUAUUCGUGAUGCCAGUUGGUCUCAACAACAUCGGCUGGAAGAUGUAUAUGAUCAACGCGUCCUGGGACAUUAUCAUCAUUGUACUUAUUGCGUUGUACUGGGUAGAAACCAAAUCCAAGACGCUUGAACAGAUCGACGAGAUUUUCGAGGGGCAGAAGCACUCGUCCGUGCCAGACGUUGAGCUAGUUCGCAAAGGAGAAGAGUCGAUUGAUGUUGGCAUGGUCGAACAGCAGAUUGCGGACAUCGACAAAGCCCACAUGGCGUAACAGUUUUACUGCGGUUAUUUUUUUUUAAAGGUAUUCUAUAGUUUGUAUUCCCUUAGACAUUGCCUGUAGCAUCCUGUAGCACCCCGUUAGACACGCUGGCUCAUUUACAGUUGCGUUGUCAGCGUAGUUGAUAGCGAGAGCGCCUGGCCGCACACGAUGACGCUGUAGAACGCUCGCCAUUAGUCUAGACUUGAGAAGAGAGUUUAGUGUUGACUUUUUAUCCCGAACCUAAAUGGCGCU